CCGCCAACAAAACAUAUAAAAGGUCGGGCUUUGCAAUAGGUCAUCAUAACAGUGUAAGCACAAUGAACACUAAACUCAGUUUGAUAAUCGUUAUAUCGUUUAAUUUAAUUGCAUCAAACUGCUAUACCGUCAAACCUGGACCGCUUGUAAUUGCUACUGAAGGUGAAGUGUGGCCAAAACCUUAUAAGCGAAUCUACAGUGACUCUUUCCAUUUAAUUAAUCCGUCGGAUUUCAGCUUUAAUAUUGUAUCGGAAUCAUGUAACAUACUAACUGGUGCUAUAAGUCGGUAUAAAAAUAUUAUUGCUAAUCAAACGUUUCCACAUACUAGAAAGCAAGUGAAGAAUGAAGAACAAAUAUCAUCAUGGAAAAAGAGUAACUUUGUUGGAUAUUUAGAAUCACUUGACGUAAUUUUGAUGGAGCCGUGCAAUGAUGAUGAAAUACCGACAAUUUCAAUGUUGGAGCAAUACGAGAUUAAGAUUGCAGAAAACGCAAGUGUUUUAGCAGCCACGAGUGUGUGGGGGAUCUUGAGAGGUCUGGAGACCUUCUCUCAACUGUUAUACCCCGCUGAAGGGCACGCGUUGAUACUUAACUGCACCUUUAUAAGCGAUUUUCCUCGCUAUUCCCACAGAGGAGUUUUAAUAGAUACAUCGAGACAUUUCAUACCGGUCCAAAAACUGUUAAAGAUACUAGACGCGCUAGCUUACAAUAAACUCAAUGUUUUCCAUUGGCACAUAACAGACGAUCAAAGUUUUCCUUACCAAAGCAGAGACUUUCCUUCGUUAAGUGAGAAGGGCUCGUAUCUUCCCACACACGUUUAUUCACAAAGCGAUGUAGCAAUGCUUAUUAAAUAUGCGGCAGCGAGAGGAAUUCGAGUUGUAGCUGAAUUCGACACGCCGGGCCACACUCGUUGCUGGGGAAAUGCCUUUCCGCAAUUAUUAACGGAGUGUUACAGUAAUGGUGUGCCGACUGGGGAAUACGGACCAAUGGAUCCUACCAAGGAGUUUACCUACAAAUUCAUGAAGCAGUUCCUGAGCGAAGUAGUUGAUGUUUUCUAUGAUCGAGCUUUGCAUUUAGGAGGAGACGAAGUCGAUUAUGACUGUUGGGCUACCAAUCCGGACAUUAAGCACUUCAUGGAGGCCAAUAACAUUUCGUCGUACAAAAAGUUGGAAGGGUAUUAUAUUAAAAAGUUGAUUGAUAUCUCUGAGAAAUUAAAAAUGAAUGCUAUAGUAUGGGAAGAGGUAUUUACGAACGUUGCCGAUAUACCUGAAAACACUAUAGUGCACGUGUGGAAAGAGGGUUGGCGUAAUACAAUUAAAGAAGUAACACGGCGCGGUUUUAACACUCUAUUAUCUUCUUGCUGGUACUUGGAUCAUUUAUAUACCGGUGGCGAUUGGAUUAAAUUUUACAAUUGCGAACCGACCGACUUCAAAGGUACCGAAAAACAAAAGAAGUUGGUCAUGGGCGGAGAAGCUUGCAUGUGGGCUGAAGUGGUUAACGAGUAUAAUUUAGAAUCAAGAAUAUGGCCAAGAGCAAGUGCCACAGCUGAAAAAUUGUGGUCAGAAGAAGAUGCCGACGAGAUAGACAGUGUCAAAAGACGGUUAGAAGAACAUACGUGUAGAAUGAACAAAAGAGGUGUUCAAGCUCAACCACCAAAUGGGGCUGGAUUUUGUGAAAUGUAAUGACUUAAGAAUACAUAAUAUAGUGUCUAUAUUAUAUACCAAGAUAGAGAAUUUUUCAUAGUACCUACUUGUUAUUGCCUAUAAGCACCAAGAUUAUACUCCGAGGUGCUUGGGUUGUAUUAUAACCUACCAAGUGAUUCAGCCUUGUGAUGUGUGAUGGUCCUAGGGGUCUAUCAAGCCGACACUGGAAAUAUUGACUUGCUCUGUACUUACCGUUGGC